UGUAUAUAUUCACAAGUCGAGAUCAUCAUUGCAUUAUCUAAGUAAUUUGUUUACUGCUCCAAGUCCUAACAAAUCUUCAUCAUCAUGGUUGCUUUGUUUACUCCUACUGUGUUCUCAACCAAGGGAUGGCUCUUAGAGGAGGAGCCAUUAAGCUAUGAUGUGUCCUCAAAGAACUCAUUUCCCUAUCAAUUUUAUUCACUACAGACACAGAUUGAGGUUGAAAUAGAAAGGUCAACUGCACCAUCCCCUGAUGACCCUGCCAUGGUCAAGAAGCUUAGCCACAACGAUAGUGAACGUGAUCGCCGCAAGAAGGUCAAUAAUCUGGUUUCUUCACUUCGUUUACUUCUUCCAGUGGAAGAUCAAACGAAAAAAAUGAGUAUUCCGGCGACAGUUUCGCGAGUCUUAAAAUACAUACCUGAGUUGCAACACCAAGUGCAAGCACUAAAUAAGAAAAAAGAGGAGCUUCUGUGCAGAAUUUCAAAAAAUCUCAAAGGAGAUUCAGUGAACAAAGAAUCUCAAAGGAGAAUUGCCCACCACAAUUCUGAUUUUGUUGUUUCGACUAGUAGGCUCAACGAUUGUGAAGCUGUUGUUCACAUUUCUUUUUAUGAGGUUCACAAGGUUCCACUAUCCGAGAUCUUGCACUGUUUAGAAAAUAAUGGCCUUCUUCUGCUAAAUGCUUCUUCCUCUGAAACCUUUGGUGGAAGGUUCUUCUACAACUUGCAUUUCCAGGUGGAAAAAGCUCAUAGAUUAGAGUCCGAGAUUCUAACUGAGAAGCUUUUGUCAAUAUAUGAGAAGCAAAGGAUUUUCUAAUCAAACUAAAUUUGGUUCUAAUUUUGAUGAUCAAACGAUCUUAAGUGCUCUGAUGUUAAAUUUGACACCAAAAAAGUCUGCACAUAUUUGGCCUGUAUGAGUGGCAAGUUCCGAAAUCAUCAUAAUAGAAUAAUCACAUGCUGCAGAUCUAUAUAGAAUUCUAUAUAUAUAUAUGGUUUGGUAAAAAAGCAACUGGGAGGAAGGUGCAUGGAUUUUAGGAGUUAAAGAAUGUUACACUCGGCCUAACCUAGCAAAGUGCUAUUAAUUUGUCUCUUUCCUUUUAUUACAAAGAGAAGGCAUAUAAUUUUAGAGUUCAGUUCUCAGUUUUCUAAAUUUGACUUAUAUCAUGGUAGAUAUAUAAUUUUUAGCUAUUAUCUCAUUUUCUUAA